CGAUGUAUGUCCAUUCGCGAGGCAACGAGAGACACAGCAUAACAGCGGGCUACCGCCGGAUUAGGUCUGUUCGUGUCUUGGCACACCUGACUGUUCCUCACGCGUCUGGUAUUCCAAGCGCGCAUUCUUCGCGGAACGUAGGCCGACUGCAAACGUGAUCUGUCGUGCGGGCGACAUUGGCAACUCGGCUGGCCAGGAUUCGAAGGGACGUCGCGCUAGAUUCCCGUAUACCUGAAUCUGCACAUGCGUUCACCACUUGAGGACUCCGAGCGGCCCGAGACUCGGGCGCACUUAGCGGCCGGGCAUGACCAUCGUGCAUGGGCGCUGUGUCGCGGUUCCAGGUGCCGUACACAGCCUGCGAGCGCCGGGACGAUGUGAACCUACUCCUCCACGUAUGCGCCUGUCGCUUAUCCUUGGAUAACGCGGUGCGCGGCUAUGUACCAGCAUGCCUACAGGACGGCAUGAGGGCGGGGGACGCGAGAAGGAGCUGCACGAGUCCACCGAGAAGGAUCUGACGUCUGGCAGGCGCAGAGCCCCGCCGCGACGAGCGAAGGGACUCGCCGGCAUUCUGGCUCCGGGCCGCUCAUUCCGGAUGCCCGGGCGUACCCGUGUUGCUGGCUGCUCGCGCAGGUAGCUUACGGUAGCAUGGGCGUACGCCGGCCAUCCGCAUCAGGGUGGUACGGGCAAGGUCUCGACUCGCAUUCGUUCCUGGCGCCGGUCGGAGUGUGCCAGGAAAGUCAAAAGCGAAUCUUCGGGAGGACGAGUCGCGGUCAGAACGGGGAUCUCGUCGUCGAGGCGGGAAUCUGGAGAUCGAGUUGCGAUGAUCUACC